AUGCUGUGGGCUGCAAGUCUCUGCCUCCUCUGGGCCUCGUCCGUCCUCGGAGCUCCUGUAGAAAAAGCGAAGCAGAAGGUGCUGCUGAUCUCCUUCGAUGGUUUCCGGUGGGACUACGACCGUGAUGUGUACACACCAAAUUUCGACCAAAUGGCCAAAGAUGGAGUCAAAGCCCUGUAUGUCACACCUCCUUACCUCACCAUCACCAGCCCUACACACUUCACCCUCUUGACAGGCCGCUACAUUGAGAAUCACGGGGUAAUCCACAACAUGUGGUUCAACACAACCACCAGUCAGAAGAAGCCUUACUAUCAGACUCAGUUUGUGAAUGAGUGGUGGGACAAUGGCACUCUCCCUAUCUGGAUCACAGCACAGAGACAGGGCCUGAAAGCUGGCUCUCUUCACUUUCCUGGCACAGCUUCCAGUUACCAGGGACAGGUUGCUAUGGUGCGGGAAGUGGAGCCACUGCUUUACAACUACAAGAACGAGACAGCUUGGCAAGAGAACACAGACAAGGUGAUGGGCUGGUUCAGUGACCAGGAUCUGGAUUUUGUGUCCAUGUACUUUGGUGAGCCGGACAGCACUGGUCACAAAUAUGGCCCAGAUUCCCCAGAGCGACGGGAGAUGGUUAAACAGGUUGACCGAACCGUGGGCUACAUCCGCAACUCAGCUGAACAACAUGGACUGACCGACCGCCUGAACAUCAUCAUCACAGCAGACCAUGGUAUGACCUCAGUGUACCGCAACGGGCUGGUGGAAGAAAUCACCCUGUCCAAGAUCCCAGGCUUCUCCUUCCGUGAUCUGUCCUUCCACCUGGUGGACUUCGGCCCCUCUGGGAUGCUGCUGCCAAAGCCGGGCAGGCUGGAUAAGGUUUACAAUGCUUUGAAGGGGGCCCAUCCCCACCUGCAUGUGUACAAAAAGGAAGACAUGCCAGAGCGUUUCCACUUCGCCAAAAAUGAUCGCAUCCUUCCCAUCAUUUUGUGGGCCGACCCUGGAUAUGUAAUCAACGGGUUCUUCCCGGUUCAGUUCCACAAAGGAGAGCACGGCUUCGACAACAAUGAGAUGGACAUGAAGCCCCUCUUUAGGGCAGUGGGUCCAGCAUUUCACAAAAACCUGGAGGUGGGGCCCUUUGAGACGGUGAACAUCUACCCCCUGAUGUGUCACAUCUUGGGCAUCGAGCCGGAGGUCAACGACGGCCACCUGAACGCCACCGAACACAUGCUGGUUACAGGCGACAGUAUUCAGGGUGAAGGUAUGGACGUCAUGCAGGAUUUCUUCACUGGACUCGCAGCAGUGGCCGGAUUUCUAGUUGUAGUUUUCACGGUGGUGACGUCUCGCAGAAUAAUGGAGAACAAACGGAAGAAUAAAAGGUAA